AUGGCUGCCGGACUCCAUGAACUCGGGAAGAACAUCAAGAAGCAGAGGGAGGAGACACAAACUGAGAAGAAGUGUAACCUUCAAGGCAUGUCCCCAAGCACCCUACUUCUGCCAAAAGAAGAACAAGUAGACUCAAAGAGAAAGCCUGUCUCAAAAACCAAGAAGAAGGAGGAAGAAGAGGAAGAGGAGGAGGAGGAAGAGGAGGAGGAGGAGGAAGAGAAGGAGGAAGAGGAAGAGAAGAAGGAGGAGGAAGAGGAGGAGGAGGAGUCAACUCCAACCCUUAUCUACAGAGGGAAGAUGUUACAUAAACAGGUUGGAAUACACACUAAAGCAUGGUUUAUUGCUGGUAUCUUCAUGCUGGUGACGGUACAAGUGUCCUUCUGGGGGAUUCUGCAACACUUGGUGCAUUUCACACAACCCAAACUUCAAAAACCUAUUAUGAGGAUUCUUUGGAUGGUCCCAGUAUACAGUUUAUGUAGUUGGUUGGCCUUAAAAUUCCCCAAAGUUGGAAUAUAUGCCGAUACCUGUAGAGACUGAUAUGAAGCUUACACCAUUUAUAACUUUAUGAUCUUCCUUACAAAUAAUUUAAUAAUUCGGAUCCCGAAUAUAAUGUUAUACCUGAAAGCAAAGGAUCAGCAACAGCAUCCCAUUCCACUCUGCUGGUGUCCACCAUUGGCAAUGGGAGAAACGCUGCUCUUUCGAUGCAAAUUGGGAGUCCUGCAGUACACUGUGAUCAGACUAAUUACCACUCUUACAGCAUUGAUAUGUGAAAUGGUUGGUGUCUACAAUGAAGGGAAAUUUGGUUUCUCCAAUGCAAGGACUUACUUGGUUAUAAUAAAUAAUUUGUCAGAAGUGAUUGCCAUAUGCUGCCUCCUGCUGCUUUACAACAUGCUGAAGGAAGAGCUCAGCCCUAUAAAACCCGUUGGCAAAUUUCUUUGUGUCAAACUGGUAGCCUUUGUCUUGUUUUGGCAAGCAGGCCUUAUAGCACUGUUGGUGAAGGUUGGCGUUAUUUCUGAAAAGCGUACCUGGGAAUGGCAGAGUGCGGAAGCUGUGACCACGGGCCUGCAAGUAAGUAGUGCUGUCAGUGAACUCAAGAGGUUUUACUGUUUAAGCUGUUUGACACAGUGUUGCCCCAAAUAUCCAAACAGUGAGCAAGACUGUUAGCUUGCUCUAUGGUGAGGAGUGGGAGCCCUAGAGAAAUGGCCCAUAGGUCCUGAU